AUGACAAGUCCGCAAAAGUUGAUUGUUGUCCUCGGUGUUACAGGAACGCAGGGUUCGUCAGUUGCGGCAACAUUUCUGAGCCUUGAAGAUUGGAAAGUUCGUGGCGUCACUCGCAACCCAGAGUCUGAGUCCGCCAAGAACCAGGCCGCUAAAGGUGUCGAGCUUGUCAAAGGCGACUUGGAUGACAAGGAAUCCCUCAAAGCGGCGUUCAUUGGUGCUACAGCUAUCUUCCUCGCUACCGAUUUCUGGACCAUCUUCAAGCAGAAGGAGACCCACGAAAAAGCAUCGGCAACUGGAACAUUCCUCCCUCUCUUUUGCCAUCAGCAGGAAGUACAGCAAGGAUUGAAUGCUGUAGAAGCCGCGUCAGACCCCAAGGUCCUCCAGUCUCUGGAGAGAUUUGUCUUCUCAACGUUGACCCCGGUCACGAAACUCAGCGGCGGCAAAUACACACAUGUGUACCACUUUGACUCCAAGGCGAAGAUCGAACAACAUAUCCGCAGCAAUGUGCCAGAGGUCGCAAAAAUCCUCGGCACCUUUGUCAUGGGCGUCUUCACUGAGAAUUGGACGGCACCAGGCUUCCUUUCGCCUCAAAAGCAGGCAGAUGGCAGCUGGGCCAUCAAUGACCCACAGCUUCCAGGCCCGAAAGAAUUCAGUACCAUUCCAUGGGUCGUGGCUUCGAGAGAUACUGGAAAGUUUGUUAAAGCUCUAGUCAUUGACCAAGAGCCUGGCACGCGCAUCUACGGCGUCAGUGAAUUCAAGACUAGAGCCGAAGUUGCGGAAAUUUGGGGGAAGAUCCUUGGGGCUCCGACUACGACUCGACCCAUUUCCAAGGAUGAGUUUGCAGAGUCUUGGCCGGAACUAGUCAGGGAGGAGAUGAUCGACAAUUUCUCGUUCGUCAAGGAGUUUGGGUAUCAACAAGUGACGCGAUACCAAGUGAUCUUCAGACCCUUAGGCUAUCUCCCAGCCAAGUGUACAACACAAAUUCCAGCUGGUGUUUCCAGUAGCCUUGGUGCGAUCAACCCUACCGCCUUAUCAUCGGCUGCAUCUGUUCUAUCAGCCUCGUCGGCGUCUGUUGCUUCGGCUAAGGCGACAAGUACGGGCGGUGCGAAUGCUCAUGGUGAGUGA